AUGUUUGGUCGAUCUCUCACGGCAGCGUUGGCGAUCGCACUUGCUGUCAAUGGCGGCCAAGCAAGACAGCCGGCUCGAGAUCCUUCCAGACAUCACACCCACCAUGCCGGAUCUGGACCGAUUGAUACAUCGAAUUAUCGAUUUCUAACGGACAAGACCAAACAGUCUACCGGACGUUCAUUUCGAGUUGGGGAGAUGUACUCGGGGUUUAUGCCGAUCCGUGAAAAUGCUUCGUUGUUUUAUAUUUUCCAGCCGAAGAUCGGGGAACCAAGCAACGAUCUCACGAUUUGGCUGAAUGGUGGACCGGGAUGUAGUUCAAUGCAGGGCUUCUUGCAGGAGAACGGCCGCUUUACCUGGCAACCCGGCACCUACGAACCAGUCAUUAACGAGUAUUCAUGGGUUAAUUUAACCAAUAUGUUAUGGGUCGACCAACCGGUUGGAGUUGGGUUCUCAAACGGUACACCGACUGCUACCAGCGAGGAGGACAUCGCGGCCGAUUUCAUCAACUUUUUCGAAGAGUUUCAAGAAGCAUAUGGUAUCAAGAACUUCCGAAUCUUCUUAACUGGUGAAAGUUAUGCGGGCCGGUAUGUGCCCUACAUAUCCGCCGCGAUGCUCGACAAGAAUGAUACCGAGCACUUCAAUCUCAGCGGAGCUCUGAUGUAUGAUGCGUGCAUCGGCCAGUGGGAUUACAUCCAGGCUGUACUCCCCUCUUACCCCUUUGUUGAACAACAUGCUGAGCUGUUCAACUUUAACCAAUCGUUUAUGGGGGAGCUGCAAGAUACCUACGAACAAUGCGGUUACAAGGAAUACUUCGAGGAGUAUUUCACUUAUCCGGCCUCUGGAGUGCAGCCCCCCAAAGAAAUGGUCUACGACGAGUGCGACAUCUACAACAUGAUUUACUACGAAGCUUUUAAUCCGAACCCAUGCUGGAGUCCCUACAAGAUCACCCAAACAUGUCCACUCUUAUGGGAUGUCCUGGGCUUCCCCACAGACCUUGCCUACCAACCGGGUCCUGCAACCUAUUUCAACCGCACAGAUGUGAAGAAGGCUCUGCACGUCCCUCAAGAUAUCGACUGGGAGCUCUGCAGCGUUGACGGUGUCUUUGUGAGCGACAAACCCGGACCCGAGCAACAAUACGACGAGUCUGUGAAUCCCACAGAGCAUGCCCUGCCACGGCUGAUUGAGGCGACCAACCGGGUUCUGAUCUCGAACGGAGAUUGGGAUUAUCUUAUCAUCACGAAUGGAACGUUGCUGGCGAUCCAGAACAUGACCUGGAAUGGCGAGCUCGGCUUCCAGAAUCGUCCCACUACCCCCAUUAAUAUCGACAUGCCUGACUUGCAAUACGCUGCGGUGUUUGAUGCACAGCAGGGAUAUAGCGAUUUGGAUGGCCCACAGGGGUUAAUGGGGGUUCAACACUAUGAGCGUGGUCUGAUGUUUGCGGAAACCUUCCAAGCGGGUCACCGACAGCCCCAGGAUCAAGGCCGAAUGUCUUAUCGCCAUGUUCAGUGGUUGUUUGGUGAUGAUGAGCAUCUUUGA